GCCGGCGUCCGUCUUAGCUGAUGUGUGGUCUAUGGAGUCAGUUGGUGCUGGUGGCGGCGCGGAGGCAGGAGGCGGUGUCCCAGUGGGGGCCUUUGCCCCGCCAGAAUGUUACCGGGCUUGGCCGCCGCCGCUGCGGCCCACAGAUGUAGCUGGUCCUCCCUGUGCCGGCUCCGUCUGCACUGCAGGGCGGCGGCCCGCGGCUCCAGCGAGCGCCAGGAAUGGCAGAAUUUAGUGACAUUUGGAAGCUUUUCAAAUAUGGUUCCCUAUAGCCAUCCAUGCAUUUGUACACUGAAUCAAGUAAAGUGGUACUCUGCAAAUGUUCAGAAAGAAGGACCGGGGUCACAAACUGUCAGAGUGGAAAAAGUACCAUCAUUUGAUGAAACAGCUGAAAAUAUAGGUGCAGAACUCAAAGCUCCACUUAUUAAGCAAGAACCUCUCCAAGUAAGAGUCAAAGCAGUCCUUAAGAAGAGGGAGUAUGGACCAAAGUAUACUCAAAAUAAUUUCAUUACUGGAGUCAGAGCAAUAAAUGAGUUCUGCCUUAAAUCCAGUGAUCUAGAACAACUUCGAAAAAUCAGACGACGAAGUCCCCAUGAAGAUACCGAGUCCUUUACUGUAUACUUGAGAUCAGAUGUGGAGGCAAAGUCUUUGGAAGUUUGGGGAAGCCCUGAAGCUCUUGCCAGAGAGAAAAAGCUGCGGAAGGAAGCAGAAAUAGAAUACAGGGAAAGACUAUUUAGAAACCAAAAAAUAUUAAGAGAAUAUAGAGACUUUCUGGGAAACACCAAGCCACGCUCCAGAACUACAUCAGUUUUUUUUAAGGGGCCAGGAAAAGUGGUGAUGGUUGCCAUUUGCAUCAAUGGAUUAAACUGCUUCUUUAAAUUUCUUGCCUGGAUUUAUACUGGUUCAGCAAGUAUGUUCUCAGAAGCUAUACACUCUUUAUCUGAUACUUGUAAUCAGGGUUUACUAGCAUUGGGCAUCAGUAAGUCUGUUCAGACGCCAGAUCCUACUCAUCCGUAUGGAUUUUCAAAUAUGCGCUAUAUUGUUUCGCUAAUUAGUGGUGUUGGUAUUUUCAUGAUGGGUGCAGGAUUAUCUUGGUACCAUGGGAUCAUGGGAUUGCUUAAUCCUCAACCAAUGGAAUCUCUUCUAUGGGCAUAUUGUAUUUUAGCGGGAUCAUUGGUAUCAGAAGGAGCAACACUUCUUGUUGCUGUAAAUGAACUUCGUAGGAGUGCUCGGGCCAAAGGAAUGUCAUUUUACAAGUAUGUCAUGGAAAGUCGCGAUCCUAGUACAAAUGUUAUAUUAUUGGAGGAUACUGCAGCAGUCCUGGGAGUGACAAUAGCAGCCACUUGUAUGGGCCUGACUUCUAUAACAGGCAAUCCACUGUACGACAGCCUAGGUUCUUUGGGUGUGGGUACCUUAUUAGGCGUGGUCUCAGCAUUCCUCAUCUACACUAACACAGAAGCACUCUUAGGGCGAUCCAUCCAGCCAGAACAAGUACAGCGGCUUACUGAACUCCUGGAGAACGACCCAUCAGUAAGGGCAAUUCAUGAUGUUAAAGCCACAGAUUUGGGAUUAGGGAAAGUAAGAUUUAAGGCAGAAGUAGAUUUUGAUGGACGAGUUGUUACAAGAUCCUAUUUGGAAAAACAAGAUUUUGACCAAAUGUUACAAGAAAUUCAACAAGUGAAAACUCCUGAAGAACUGGAGACCUUUAUGCUUAAACAUGGAGAAAAUAUUAUUGAUACUUUAGGAGCUGAAGUGGAUAGACUUGAGAAGGAACUGAAAAAACGAAAUCCUGAAGUUCGACAUGUAGAUUUGGAGAUAUUAUAGAUUUUCUGGAAUGAAUCACCUCGGAGGGAGCCUUGGAAACAAGGUUGUCCAGCCUACUCUCCCACGCUGAAGGAGUCAACGCCAUUCAGAAGCCAUUUUUUUGAAGAUGGAGGAAAUAUUUUAUGUAAAGGGCAAUUCAGUAGUCCACAGAACUAAAACUACUUCUUGCUUCUAAGAGACGUAUUACAAGUGGAAUCCAUUUGGAAAUCAUGUUCUCAUGUUUCAGUAGGAAACAUUUUAGUUACUUAAAUUGUUCAUAAUUUCUCACUUUAGUCUGUCAGAGUGUAUUAUACCUUGUAAUCAUGUUUCCUUUCUUCACGUUGGUAAAAAGAAGCAGCAUCCACAGGAUUAUGACUUUUAAUUUUGUUGCCACUGAAGAUUUCACUCCAUCACAUCCUGCCAAUCUUGAACAUUCUGGCUAAAUCUUGGUUUGUGCUUUUUAAACAGUCACUCCAUUUCAAAGUUUAUCUUUCCUUAUAGAGUGUAGAAAUUAUUUCUAUAAUACCUUGUAAUUUUGCCCUGAGUGCUAUGGAGGAACACUCUUCUAACCUAGUUAUCUGUAAAUGUUCAUUCCAGAAAUGGCUUAGUUACUGAAUUGAAGGAAGACAUUUCAGUACACUUCUCUGGUCAUAGUAGUUGCCAUUUUGUAAAAUUUCUUACCUUUCCUUUGCUUUCUCUCCUUGUUUAGUUUAAUUUUUCUAAUGGUAGAAGAUAGAAAAUAACCCUAGAUGUUUCCAUAGGCCAGUGUGAUGACUGGUUUUUUCUUUUUGUUUUUUAAGUGGCUUCAGUGCCAUAAUGUGUAUUUACUAGGAGAUAAUGCAUUUAUAAGCAUUUUAACAUUCUGUAAAAUGGACUAGAAAUAUUUAUAAUUUUACAGUCAGGACAGCAUUUUAUUUUUAAUUUAUUUAAAAAGAGGCACUACUUAUGUAAAUCUGGACUGUGGGAUAUUUCUUGCUUUAAGAGAAAGAAAAGCAAAUCUCUCGUGGAAACUUGUGGCCAUGAUUUUGUAUAAUGUCAUAGUCGAUAGUGUGUCUGUAACAUGUUUUUUGCAGUUACAAAUGGGCAUUUAACACAAUAUAUGACUAUAACACUUAUAUAAGUAAGUAACUUUCUAAUGAUCAUAAAGUUUCAAGAUGGAAAAACAUGUAAUUCAGUAAUUGAAAAUUCAGUGCAAAACUACGGCUGUGUCUCCAUUCAUCAGAACAACUCAUACGCACUUUAAGUUGUUCAGGUAGCAUUGUCCAGUUCAGUGAGCAUUGUCCAUGCAAGAGUGGUGGCUGGGUGAUCUCUUUGCUGGAUAAGUGAGUGCUAGACAUUAGACCUAACUACCAGUGUGAAGUCAGUGUCUAAAAACUUACUUAGAUUGAACUUUAUGAACUACAGCAAAUUGUAAUGCUGGAAGCAAAAAAUAAACAUUUGAUUAAAGGGUUUGUAAUGAUAA